AUGGACACUCACGCUCCUGUAACAUAUUACCAGACAGCCAUGCCGCCUAUGCAAUACUCGAGCGCCAGGACAUCAAUGGCCAUCAACGUCAUAUCGCCCUUGACCAUGGAUCAGAUGGGAUCAACCGGAUCUACCUACAACUCCAUGGGUCAUCUCCCAACCGUCGAUCCUGUCACCCAUGCGAACGUCAACUACAGCUCAGGACAAUACCACUCUGUCUCAACGACACCUGUCGCCCUUCACAACCAACAAUAUCAACAGCAACAACAACAGCAACAAUAUAUGCCCGUUCAAACUCAAGGGCAAACACAACCUCACCUUCAACAUAUGUUGCAUCAACAACACCAGCAUGGACAGCAACAGCUUCAGCAGCAAUUACAGCAGCCACCACCCAAUAUCCAGCACCUCUCGCACUCGCACUCCUACAAGCAGUCUCAGUCCCAGUCCCAGUCCCAGUCCAUGGCCCAGCCGAUAUACAUGCAGCCGAACCAACAGCAGCUCCAGCACCACCUCAAGACCCAGCAGCAAGUACAACAACCUGUCCAGCAGGUGCAGCAGCGCCAACAGCUUUCAGGACCCAUUGUAGUGACCUCUCACCCAGCCCACCAAAUUCAAGUCCAGAUGCAGCCACACGCUCACCAGCAACUCCACCACCACUCUUCGGUUAAAACCACAAGCCAACCGCAUCAACAACAGCAACAACAACAGCAACAGCAUUAUCAACAACAAUACCAGCAACAGCAACUAUUACAAUUACAGCAACAACAGCAGCAGCAGUUGCAACAACAGCAACACCAACACCAGCUGCAGAAGCAGCAACAGCAGCAGCAGCAGAAGCAGGCACAGAAGCAAGCGCAACAGCAACGGGAACAUUCGCGGGACCACAGGAAUGGAGCGAUGGAGCAUGUCAUCAAUCCUCAAACCAGCACUCUCCAACUUGCCGAAUUCGCAUCUGUGAUGGUGUAUACCCUUUGGCACACUCGACCCAACAUCAACGGCGCUUCCAGUAACGCUUACAACGUUGUUCCGCACCGGAUAAGUGUUCCACCCUCGGCAGGACCAGCCUUCAGGAAAUUCUGCUUGAAGGUCCUGUCAGCAACACAACUGUCAUCAUCAGUUAUCCUACUCUCGCUGAAAUAUAUUCAGAAGUUGUUGAAGAACAACCCAUCAAUACAUGGACAACAGGGAUCAGAGUUCCGACUUUUUACAGUAUCACUCAUGCUCGCCAAUAAGUUUCUGGACGACAACACGUUUACCAACAAAACCUGGUCGGACGUAACAGGAAUCAGCGUCAAGGAGAUCAAUGUCAUGGAGAUGGAGUUCCUGAACCAGGUCCAGUUCAGUCUGUAUGUCAGCGAAGCCGAGUAUCUGGAUUGGCUCCACAGUCUCGAGACUUGGCUCAAGCAGCAAGGACAGGCUCAACCUCAAGGAUCGAACUAG